CAUACUCACGCAUGACAACCUUCUCCAGUAACCACUAACAUCUUGCAUGAGCUCAACGUUCUUCCAUGGAAUUGCAAACUUAUUCUCGCAAAAUUGCUCAUUCGCUCUCGCAUUCAAUUCCGCAUCUCCGACAAUUAAACAACCGUUUAUAAUAAUUAUAAUACCGUCAUUCGAUUUGGACACGUUCUCUUCCGCUCCACUAAAGUGUGCAAUAGAGAAGAGUGCAGAUGCAUUUAUGUAGGGCUCUGAAGCAAUAGAAUCGAUGGCGAACAAAAACCCUGGAGUUCGGCGGUGAUAAAUCGAUGGCAUAGUCUCGUAACGCUCUGAAACACUUCAAAAUAAAAUGAAAUAAAAUUAUAGGAAGAAAGAUCACUAAAUUGAACGAAAAACGUUUUGAAGACGAGAGAGAAAAGGUCUUUGGUCUUUUGUUUUCUUUUUUCGUGCUACAAUCGCUGAAAAGAAGAGAUAGAUCUAUGUAUAUAAGAGCAUUUGCUGUGAGCAGGUUCCGUCAUUCGAACCUCCGCUGUAGGUUCUUCCCAACGAGUUAUCAUUUUGUCGUCUUUGGACCACGCUAGGUGGAUCCUUUGUACUAAUUUUGGAUUUAAAGGCUGAGUAGAAUAUCUAAGAUGGUGCGUGGAAGUCAAAAUUAUAUUUCUAUCGGGUUAAUUGUGAGUCUUAUUUUUUUAUCAACUGCGGGUUCCACUUCUACCAAAAUUCUCAAGGGUGGUUGGAAGGGGUUUAGCGUGUCCUGUACGCGCGAAGAUCCUCUGAAUGUAUCGGUUUCCUGUCAUGGGGUGAGAAUUGUGAGGAGAAUCGUGCAACAAAUGUUGGAGAAAUCGUCGAAUCAGAAAAGUUUGGAGCUCUUUGAUGGGAUCAGUUUGGUGGAUACUAAGGGUGUAGGGUCGAUAAGGAAUGCGAGGGUUUUGAAAGGGUCCGGUAAUUUUGAAUCUGUUAUUCAGUUUCUCGAGGGAAGAGAACUCAGGAUCAAAUUACCGAGUUUUUUCCCGAACAACCUGGAGGCUGCUUUUGUGGAGAACUUGCCUACUUCUUCUAAUCAAGGCCGAGGCUCAGGAGGUGGAGGAGGUGGAGGCAAAAAAGGCGAUGGAGGUACCAUGAUGAUGGCCCUAAUGAUGGGUAAAAUGAUGAUGGCGAUGGGAUUUAGCGCCCUCGGUGCGUUGGCGAUGAAAGCGCUAAUGGUUUCCUCUCUCGCUCUAAUGCUGUCUCUAAUUACUGCUGUCAAAAAGCUCGCAAGCAAAGAUGAUAAGGAUGAACAUCACGUUGUCUACGCCCAAGAGGUUGGACAUCAUCAUAGAAAAAGAAGUGUUCCAAUCAACAAUGACCUUGAAUUGUCACCUUAUCGUGGGUACGUCGACCUGUAUGCCAACACCAAAUCAUCGUGACAAUAAUUUUAAUCGUCGCAGCUAAUUUUGUUAAUUUUCCUCUAAAGUACUUUUAGCCUUUUAGUCAUGUGUUACAUGCUACUGAUUGCGGUUUAGUGGCAGUACACAGUAAUGGGGUAACUGUAAAGCGACAGCGACAAUGACUGGUACUAGGCGACAGUAACAGAAAAAGAGAGUGAUAUUUCGUAGAAAAUAAGACAUGCAUUCCUACGUCUCAACUUUCAAUGAGAAGGUGAUUUUUGUUCUUGAGAUUUUUAAACAUACGGAAGUUCAUAAUGACUUGUAUAUUUAUUGUACUAAUUACAAUAUCGACAGAUAGUGCAUACUAUCACUGGAUGAUUUACGGACUUGCAACGAAAUCCCAAAGACUAGACGACCUCAAUUUUUCCUAUUUAGCAUAGUAUCUGUUAUUUAUUUUAUGCGUUAGAAUUUACUAAAUAAAUGAGUCAUUCUUUGUAGAUAUUCUUUGUAGAUAGUACUUUUAAUUGAUGAA